CACUCCUUUACUCACGGGAAGGGCUCUCGCGUCCCGCAGAGAAUAUUCGAUCUACUUCCAAAGCUCUCAGGAGCUCAUCUCCAGGACGAAAGCUGUAUAAGCACCGGAACGAAGGAAGCGGCGCGUCGUACGGGGAGCUGCCGGCGGACAUCGUCAUGAGUUACAAGCCCAUCGCUCCUGCGCCGUCCGGCUCCAACCACACGCCGCCGGGCUCCUCGGUGCCCUCUCCUUCCCUCCCGUCGUCGUCCAAUUUCCGGCCGGCUUUCAGUGACUUCGGCCCGCCCUCCAUGGGCUUCGUGCAGCCCAUCAAGGUCACUCAAGGGUCAACCUACAGCGAACUUCUGUCAGUCAUUGAGGAAAUGAGUCGGGAGAUCAGACCCACGUACGCUGGAAGCAAAAGUGCUAUGGAGAGGCUAAAGAGAGGUAUCAUCCAUGCGCGUGCGCUGGUCCGAGAGUGUCUGGCAGAGACGGAACGAAGUGCCCGUACAUAACCUUUCCUCCCGACCCAUCAUCUGUUUGAAAACUUUUGUUUCUUUCUUAAUCCUUCCUGGUUGGCUUUUUGCAUUUGCAUUGUUUCCUUGUCAUUCCGCCAGGCCCUCCGCUUUAAAGUUCCAUUUUUUUCAGAUGGCAUGUGGGCAUUUGAAGUCGAGUCGUGCGUACAAAUGAAACAAUUUUAUACUGGUCAACACAGCCAGGAAGACCAAGUGAUGUCUCCUUUAAGUUAAAAACAAAACGUGGCCAAGUUUUUUUUUCCCCCCCCCCCUCCCCCUUUGUUCAUUUGAGCAUCUUGUAUAGAGCCCAUUUGCUUUUCUGCUCACCUGCAUCAGAUCUAUUUUCUAGUCAACAUUCAACAAGAACUAUGUACUGUACAUCAAGUCAAUUUGUUAUUGUGGCAAUUUUGUAAACCAAACUUUUGCAGUUCAGUAUGUAUAUCUUAAUUA